AUGGAGUACUACCUUGCCAAUGAUAUUUAUCCAAAGUGGUCAAUAUUUGUGAAGACGAUUCCAUCUCCAUAUGGGAAUGAGAAGAAAAAUCUUGUAGCAGCACAAGAAUCAGCAAAAAAUGAUGUAAAUCGUGCAUUUGAGAUCUUUCAACAACGAUUUGCAAUCGUUCGUGGACCUUCACGAAUGUUCAAGAUGAAGGAGCUAACAAAUAUAAUGAAAGCAUGUAUUAUUUUACAUAACAUGAUCAUCGAAGACGAGCCUGAUCAUAAUCAAGGUUCAAACAUUGAGUAUGAUCAAGUUGAUGAUGAUAUUCCGGAACUGUUGCACAAUCCUACAACCAAACUUAUGGACUUCAUUCAGCAUCUUUAUGAAAUUAGAGAUGGCUCAGCACAUCAUCAACUCAAGAAAAUUUAA